CCUGACUGCACUUUCCUCCGUCGAAUUCGUCCAUUUCCGCCUUAUUGCCAUUGAAUCCCAUAAUCCCUACGGAACCGCGGAUAAGCAGCAAAGGCAUUUGUUAAAGUCUUGGAGAGGACUGUGCAGUUGAGAGCGUAUCUAGAGUGGUUUUCCAUAGUCAUCAUUUUCUUCGCAACCACUCCUCGAAGUAUCAAAGAGGAUGGCUUCUACGAACGAGCUCAAGUCACGAACGAGGGGGGACUAUCCGUACCUCUUAGAAUACCGUACACGAUGGGCUGAUAACGACAUGUAUGAUCACAUGAACAACUCCAUCUACAACUUUCUCUUUGAUUCGGUCAUCAAUACCUACCUCAUAGAGCAUUGCGGUCUAGAUCCGCCUACGUCGGCACAACAUCCUCUCAUGGCACAUACGCAUAGUGACUACUUCUCCGCCAUAUCAUUCCCGAAGGUUGCUGAGCUGUGUUUGCGUGUAAACAAGCUCGGAAAAUCCAGCGUCACAUACGAAGUCGGCCUCUUUGAGAAGAACAUCGAUGGAGUCAAGGCAGUGGGCAAGUUUGUUCACGUCUUUGUGGAUCGCGCUACCCUAAGACCCAAUAUCAAGGGCAUGAACGACGCAUUGAGGAAGGGACUUGAAAAGUUGGUGGUCCCCGGCAUCUCUAGCAAGCUCUGAUGACAGGACCCUGCCGGUACGAACAAGGCAUGUAUUGCUAGAGGUGCAUUCGUGGGAUUAUCUACCUCGGUACCUAGCAUUAACGUUAUGAACGACAGCUUGACAAAGCACCUUGGGUGUUACAUAUC